UCAGGCUCGUGGUUUUAGUGUUUAGCGGAGGUUUGAUUGUGCUUCAACGUAUGAGAGCGCUAUUUACCAAAAUAAGUACACGUUGACCGCCAUACGAUACCGCCAGGAUACUAAACUAAGUCUGCAGUUUGUAGCCUUUGCUUAGUAACUAGAGAAAGAUUCGGAGUUCCCAUCAUGCAUUCAGUAGGAUAACGUUCUGUUUAGAACUGUGUUUCAGUUGAUAAUAGGGGUCAAAAUGACCCAAUUUCAACGAGGCCAAGGUGAUGCUGCGACAUCAUGGUACCAGGGAAGAGAGAACAGGGAUCACAGAGUUAACCAUGUAACCAGGACACCACGUACUCGAAACCGUUCUACAUCCGAUGAUGUCCCUGAGUCACCUCGAACGGAGAAUAAUUUCCAGGCCUCAUCUCAAUAUCCAUACAGCGACACACCAUUGACUGCUGUCAAGCAAGAGAUGGCUGUAGGUUUGCAAAUAGAAUCACAAAAACAUGUAGAGUUCAGUAAAGGUGACAUUUCAUCAGUUCAAUCACAUUCCAUGGCUAUAGAGGGCACCCUUCAUCGUAAUAAGGACAACUUAAUGACAAUGACGGCACUAGGCUACCUAGUUUGCUGGUAUAUCUUCAGCUUUUGUACACUUUUCUUGAAUAAAUACAUCUUGUCCACUUUGGGAGGAGAACCCAAAAUGCUUGGAUCUGUGCAAAUGGUUAUGACAACGAUAUGUGGGUUUUUCAAAAUGUUUAUACCUUGUUGUCUUUAUCGUCACAAAUCACGGGAAGAGCGCCCUCCGGGUUUCAUCAAGAAUAUGAUGCUCCUUGGAAUCAUGCGUUUUGCAACUGUUGUCUUAGGUUUGGUGGCACUGAAGAAUAUAGCUGUGUCCUUCACAGAGACGAUUAAGAGUACUGCACCCCUCUUCACUGUUCUUAUAGCUCGUGCAAUACUAGGGGAGGUUACAGGAUUCUGGGUAAACUUAUCACUGCUACCAGUCAUGGGAGGUCUAGCGUUGACGAGUGCUUAUGAGUUAAGUUUCACUACAGUUGGUUUUGGUGCUGCAAUUUUAACAAAUUUAGUUGAUUGUUUACAAAAUGUAUUUUCUAAGAAAUUAUUAAGUGGUUGCCGAUAUAAAUACAGUCCACCUGAACUGCAGUUCUACACCAGUGCUGCAGCAGUUUGUCUCCUUAUACCAUCCUGGUAUUUUUUUCUAGGAAUCCCAUUUAGGAAUGGUAGACCCAAUCCAACUCUAAUAGUAGCAUUGAUAAUGGAUGGAUUUGUAUUCCAUUUACAAAGUAUAACGGCAUAUGCCCUCAUGGGUAGAAUAUCACCGGUUACACACAGUGUUGCAAAUACAGCAAAAAGGGCGCUUCUUAUAUGGCUGUCAGUAAUAGUCUUCAACAAUCCAGUCACCUUGUUAAGCGGAUUGGGCACAGUAGUAGUUGUUAUAGGUGUGCUGCUUUACAAUAGAGCAAGAGACUAUGAACAAAACCACUAUAUAGUAGCUACAGAGGAGACUAAGCGUCCACUACAAGAGGUUUAACAGAAUUUGCAAUUUUUAAAAAUACAAAAAAAAAACACCAAUUUUGUUCAAAACUAAGAGAAAUGCAAUUAAUAUUAAUUUUAUGUACUAAAAUAUUACCGGACAUCUUGAUACUGCUCUUGAACCUCAUUAAAUAAAUAUCAUUUUUUUAAAUUAACUUUUUUUUUUUUAAUUUUUAUUUUUUUUUCAUCUUUAACACAGUUUUUUAUUGGUGCCCAGGAAAUAUAUUUGAUUAAUUUAUCAUAGAUCCUCAAGUAUAAGCCUGCUGCUGUUGAAAACAAAGUUGGAUCCCCAUCGUGGUGAAAUGGCAUAAACCCGUGGGGCAAUAUGGCCAACAGUUAAACGGUCCACAUUGCGAGAGAUUGGUCCUCAGGUGCAUAUACCUCCAUCAUGCAACAUUGAGUCAACAUUACCUUCUCAGUUUAACCAAUUAUAGUAAUACUCAGGGGCGGGUCCAGAGAUAGGGGAAUCCAAAAGGGGGCCGAAAGCGGAGCUGGCUCCAGGGGCAUGCCCCUGCGAAAAUUUUUUUUUUUAGAUGCUCAAAAAUAACGUCGGAGGCAUUUUGGCCAAUCAACUUUUCCUUUUCCUUUUUUUUUUUUCUUUUUUUUCUUUUUCUAAAUUCCCAAAAGUGGGCCUCCCCCUCCUUUAAAUCCACCCCUGAUAUUACGGUACAAAACAACUUUAUAUGUAUAGUAUGAGGUGGGUUUACAUCUAAAGAACUACGGGUAAUACACAAGUUAAUGUAAUUUUAAUUCAUCAAUUAUGACCCAGUGUAAAUAAAUAGUGAUCAAUUGUUCACCAAUAUAUUUUAUGACUAUUCAAAAUAUAUGCAAUUGGGCUUUUCUAUACCCUCUAAGAUUAACUUCCAUACUGCAAUUAUCUUGCUAGGAAUGCAGUGGUGGAUCCAGGAAUUUGAAAUAGAGAGGGGCCCCACAGAAAAUUUGUUAUUAAAUAGAACCUCUAGAGGUCCGGAAAUGGCAGUCUCUGACUUAAAUUUUAUUUUAAUUUAAGUUUUUUUCGCCAUUUAAAAAAUAUUGUUUAAAACUUUGGAGGGGGUGGGGACGGGCCGGCCCGACCCCUCUCUUUAAUCCGAAUGUUUAUGGUACAUGUACAAGAUCAACUAAUAUAUAUAGCCUAAGUCUUGUAAUGAUUAGACUGUCAAUCAGCAGCAUUAAAAAAUUUGAUUUUUAUCCAAUAAUAAAAAAAUGUUUUUUGUACAUAUAUUAAAUGAUAGAACAUAAUGUAAACAAUAAAGACUUGUGGACCAUAAACAAUUAAUUUUUCCAUUUUAAUUAAAUUUGGAAAAAAUGAUAAUAAUAAUUAUUAGGAAUGAUGAUUUUGCUCAAUAUGUUGCGGUAUCGCACACUGUGUCACUAAAUACCAAGUAUUAAGUCAGCUUCGGCGAAACAUCAUUCCUUUCUUAUUUUUGCUGUUUAUAUAUGCACCUUGUAUUGUAUUUACGAUUGAAUUCACCUGUUGAAAAGGGUGCUUUUUGAGAGGUUAUUUGAAGCAUUGUUCAAGGGCGGUAAUUUUUAUUUAAUCAAUUUUAAUAUUAGAUCAUUUAUUCAUGCAUGUAUCAGGGAAUAAUAAAUGACAGAUUCUCUAAUUGGAGAUAUUUUAUAUGGAA